GGAGGAGGAGGAGGUGUGUAUGGAUGUAGGGAGCCGGCCGCCGGCCUCCCUCCCUCCGCGGCUCCUCUCCUCUAUAAAAGCUGAGCGGGAUGUCAGCGCGAUGAGCUCCGGGAUGAAGAUGCUGCUGCUCGGUGUGACGCUGCUGCUGCUCCGGGCCGCCGGAGCAGACCUGUCCGGGUCAGCCGCUCCGCACCCCGGGCCGGUUCUCUCCUCACCCUCCGCCCCGCCGCUCGGGGCUCCCGGAGUCGCCCUGAGCCGCUCGGCGGUGGAGGAGGAGCAGGAGGCGGAGGAGCACCACGGCGGCGGGUACCGGGUGGUGCAGUGGGAGUGGAGCUACGUCCAGACUCCCUACAUCAUCGCCAUCUGGCUGCUCGUGGCCAGCGUGGCCAAGAUCCUGUUCCACUUCUCCCAGCGGUUUACAACUGUGGUGCCAGAGAGCUGCAUGCUGAUCCUGCUGGGUCUGGUUCUGGGCGGGGUCGUCCUCAUAGCCAGUAAGAAGCAGCUGUACCAGCUGGACCCCUCCCUCUUCUUCCUCUUCCUGCUGCCGACCAUCGUCGGGGACGCCGGCUACUUCAUGCCGGCUCGGCUCUUCUUCGACAACCUGGGAUCCAUCCUGACGUACGCCGUGGUGGGCACGCUGUGGAACGCCUUCUGCACCGGCUUCAGUCUGUACGCAGCCAAGCUGCUGGGCGUUAUAGAUGAACGCGUUCAGGCCGAGUUGAUGGACUUCCUGCUGUUCGGCGCCCUGAUCUCGGCCGUGGAUCCGGUGGCGGUUCUGGCGGUCUUUGAGGAGGUCCACGUCAACGAGAUGCUCUUCAUCAUCGUGUUUGGAGAAUCGCUGGUGAACGACGCCGUCACCGUGGUUCUCUAUAAAGUCUAUAUUUCCUUUGUGGAAGUGGGACCGGGGAACGUCCAGACAGCCGAUUACUUUAAAGGAGUGGCUUCAUUCCUCAUCGUCAGCAUCGGGGGCACUCUGGUGGGUCUGGUCUUUGCCGUCAUCCUCGGCUUCAUCACCCGCUUUACCAAGAAGGUCCGCAUCAUCGAGCCCCUCUUCGUUUUCCUGAUGGUCUACCUGGCCUACCUGACCGCCGAGCUCUUCUCGCUGUCCGCCAUUCUGUCAAUGACCUUCUGUGGCAUCGGAGCCAACAAAUACGUGGAGGCCAACAUUUCACAGAAGUCUCGGACCACCGUCAAAUAUACGAUGAAGACCCUGGCCAGCAUUGCGGAAACCAUCAUCUUCAUCUUUUUGGGAAUCUCAGCAGUGGACAAGUCCAAAUGGGCCUGGGACACAGGGCUGGUGUCCUGCACCCUGGUCUUCAUCUUUGUUUUCAGAGCCGUGGGUGUGGUUGGUCAGACUUGGGUUCUGAACCGAUUCCGGCUCGUCCCGUUGGACAAGAUCGACCAGGUGGUGAUGUCAUACGGUGGCCUGCGGGGGGCAGUUGCCUUCGCUCUGGUGGUGCUGUUGGACGGCGAGCAGGUCAAAGCCAAAGAUUACUUUGUUGCCACGACGAUUGUGGUGGUCUUCUUCACAGUCAUGUUCCAGGGUUUGACCAUCAAACCUUUGGUGAAGUGGCUGAAGGUCCCUCGCUCCACCAACAGGAAGCCCACCAUCAACGAGGAGAUCCAUGAGAGGGCCUUCGACCACAUCCUGACCGCAGUGGAGGACAUUGCAGGCCUCCAGGGGUAUCACCACUGGAGAGACAAGUGGGAACAGUUUGAUAAGAACUACCUGAGCAAGCUGCUGCUGAGGAAGUCGGUCUACAGGAAGAGCGAGCUGUGGGAGGCCUACCAGAAGAUCAACAUCCGAGACGCCAUCAGCGUCAUCGACCAGGGUGGGAACUUCCUGACUUCAGCCAGGCUGUCUCUGCCUUCCAUGGCCAGCAGAGCCUCGUUCCCUGAAGUCACCAACGUCACCAACUACCUGCGGGAGAACGGCAGCGGCGUGUGUCUGGACCUCCAGGUGAUCGACAACGUCCCUGGAUCCAAGGUGGAGGAGGACAUGGAGACGCAUCACGUCCUGGCGGGGAACCUUUACAAGCCCAGAAAACGGUACCAGUCCCACUACAGCCGACACUUCAUGCCGCUGGGAGAGAAGGAGCGUCAGGACCGGGAGGUGUUCCAGAGGAACAUGAGGAGCCGCAUGGAGACCUUCAAAUCCACCCGACACAAACGGCACAAGAAGGAACGGAGCCUGAAGAAGCGCCGAGGAUCCGACUCUAAGGAUGAGGGAGGAGACAAACCCAGACGUAACGUCAGCUGGCAGGACAAAGAUCCUGUGGUCGUUCCUGUGGAACCUGAAGAGGACAAAGCCGAUCACUCCGACCCGGAAAAGGAGGAAGAUGUCGGCAUCACCUUCGUGGCUCGGAAGGCGGAGACGCCCAAACAGCGACCCAAAUCCGUCCCAGCAGCUCUGGACGUCUGUCAGAGCCCCCCACCCCACACCCCCUCCCCUCCCGCUGCAGACAGCCAUUUGCCGUGGAAGGGAAGCGUUGGAGCCCCUCCCCCGUGUGUUUCUGUGGAGGCCACCAAGAUCAUCCCUGUGGACCUGCAGCAGGCCUGGAACCAGAGCAUCUCCUCCCUGGAGAGCAUCUCCUCCCCACCUGCCCCCACUGAGCCCGUCCACCCUCGCGUCAGCGCCCUCUCCAGGCUGGGAGGACCCCGGCCGCUCUCCUACACAGGGCCGACGGCGGGGCCCCCGCUGCCCCAGGCCUCCUUCAGCUUUCCAGAGAGGAAGAAGAAGCAGCAGGUGGAGGAGGAGGAAGAGGAGGAGGAGCCUGGGGCGUCGCAGGAAAUGCAGCCGCUCAUGUCGCCCCUGAGGCUCCCCGGGUCACCGCCGCCCGCGCCCCCACCUGCUCCACCGCCGGGUUCUGGGAGGAGGAGGAACCCCUGCGUGUAUCUGAGGAGCCUGGUGACCACGCCCCCCGGUGGCAGCAGUGAGCCUCACAGUCACAGACCCACGCAGCUCUGAACGCAGACCCAGGAGUUCCACCAAUCAGAAACCAGCUCCGUCCCCCCGCCCAUAAAACUGAAUCACAUGACCAAAGGGUGUCCAACCUCUGAUCUUUACCACAUCAUCACCAGCUGGACGAUCAUUUAAUCACGUCUCCUCAGCCUCCUUCAUCAUCACCUUGUGCAGCAAAAAUAUUCAUUUGUGCUGCUUUGGAUUUGAAGAUAUUAAUGAAUAUGUAAAGGUCAAAAGGUCAAGCAGCCCCCCCACCUUAUUCAAACCAGACAA